ACUAAACUCUCGAACUCCCGUGCGAUGCGUGUGUUGCGCGUACUCGUGCGCGUGCCUUGGACUCGGACCUCCGUGGCGUGCUGCUGCUAUGCGUGCGUGCUCGCGGCAAUGCUGCUCCCGAAUAACUCACACAAAAACUCACUAACUCUCGCACUCACUCUAUACUCUCGGCAAGGCAAACGAAAAGGAGUAAAAAUAAAACAACUCCCUCAUGCUACACUUAAAAACCGAAGGCAUAUGGUGGGCGGAGAAAAUGAGGGGAAUGGCUUGUCCCAUUCUCACGUGAGGGCCAAGACAAAGGGCAAGAAGAUGCUCGGUCCAUGUGCUCCCAUUCACGCACGGAUUCUUGCGAGAAAAAGGAACAAAAUGUGCACGGUAUUUGGAGAGCUAAGGGACAAAAUGUUGGGGUCAAAUUGUAAAAGACGGAGUUCAAUCCCGAGUCUGGAUGUGUGCAUACGAGCCCGAGAACUUUUUCUUAGAUUAAAAUCCUUCACUGCGGCACGCAACGGUCUUCCCGCGGCCGCGGUGAACAAAAAACAACGCGCGCCCAGUUUUUAUCACCGCGGCCGCGGGAGGCUUUUCACUCAAAUUUUCCGCAACCGCGGAGCCUUACAUCACCGCGACCCGCGGAGCUCUCCGCGGCUGCGAAGGCCGCGACUUGUAGAUUUGUAUGAAGAAGAUUUUGAAAACAAUAACAUUAUAAAAUACUUAACUGCGGCCCGCGACGGUCUUCCCGCGCCCGCGGUGAACAAAAAACAUCGCUCGCCCAGUUUUCAUAGCCGCGGGAGGCUUCUGACUCAAAUUGUCGCGGCCUCUAGACAUGUCGCGACCGCGGGGCCUUACAUCACCGCGACCCGCGGAGCUCUCCGCGGCUUGCAGAUUUUUAUGAAGCAGAUUUUGAAAACGAUAUCAUUACGUUGUAAGCUAAGUUUUGAAGUUGUUCUCGUACUUUUCGCCUUAGAACACAUAUUUCUCUUAGCUUUUGAUUGGGAUUCAAUCUUGAAGA